AUGGCUGAACGAAAGGGGGUCGACAGCCCACGUUCUCAUUCUGACAAACAAGAAAAAACACCGAACGUGAUCGAGCAAGCAAGAGAGGGGAUAGAAUCAGUGAUUCACGGUGGUAAGUCGCCACAUCAUCAUAAAGAAACGCACGGGACGAGUGACGACAUCGAUGAGAGCACACCAAUCGAUGAGGUCAAAGGGCCGAGCGUUUUUGAGCGUGUGAAGGAAGAGAUUGAAGCUGUGCUUGAAGCUGUUCACCCCAAGAAAUAG